UCGAGAAGCGCAGGGUGUGACCUGUCCGAAGCCCUCAGUCUGUUCCUGCCUCUUGCUUGGACCACUAACACCAACCACGGCCGUGUUGAUCGUCAAGUAACAAGAGGGAAGGAGCAGGAUGCCGCCCAAGGACCCCGAGGUAGAGAAGCUCAAGAAGGAGCUUCAGGAUGCCAUCGCCAAGGUGCAGGAGGACCAGAAGAGCAAGGCGGACACUGAUAUGAGCGGCGCGUGCGGGGACCUCUCCGAGGCUCCUAAGGUCCGUGCAAUGUGCAAGAGGAUGUGCAAAGGACACAUCAACAAGGUUAACAGUGUCCACUUCUCUGGUGACAGCAGACACUUGGUAUCGGGGUCCCUGGACGGCAAACUCAUCAUCUGGGACAUCUUCACCGGCAACAAGACCCAGAUUAUCCCACUCAGGUCAGCCUGGGUCAUGUCCGUGGCCUUCUCGCCUUCGGGGAACCUCGUCGCGAGCGGCGGAAUGGACAACCAGUGCACUGUGCAUGACAUCAACGACCGGGAUUCAACCGGCGUCGCCAAAAUCGCCCGUGAGAUGCUUGGCUACGAGGGCUUCCUGUCGUCCAUGAGGUUUCUGGACGAUGACAACCUCAUCACUGGAUCCGGUGACAUGAAAGUGAUCCACUGGGACGUCAAAACGGGCAAGAAGGUGCACGAGUACUUCGGGCACUCUGGCGACGUGGCUACCAUGAGUCUCUCGAGCGACCACAGCGUCUUCGCGACGGGCUCCGUGGACCGCACCAUCAAAGUGUGGGACCUCCGGGACCCCAAGACGUGCAAGCAGACCUUCUGGGGACACACGUCCGACGUCAACUCCGUCUACAUGCACCCUUCCAACAUGGCCAUCGCGUCGGGUUCGGAGGACAAGACAGCCCGUCUGUGGGACCUGCGCAGCGACCAGCAGGUGUGCGAGUACAAGCCGCCCACCGCCAACUCCGGCUUCACCUGCUGCGGCAUGAGCAAGUCGGGAAGGUACAUCAUCUGCGGCUCGGACGACAACACCAUUCACAUGUGGGACUCCAUGAAGGGGACUCACGCAGGAUCAUUGCAAGGCCACGAGAACAGGAUCACAUCCCUGGCCGUGGCUGAGAGCGGCAUUGCCUUUGCCACCUCCUCGUGGGACAUGUCGGUGCGGGUGUGGGCCCUCUGAACGCCUCGCC